AGGGCUGGCCAACUAUCGCAUGCCACGUGUUAUUUUACCGAUACCCGCUUAUUGGUCACACUGGGGGCUUUGAUUAGAAAAAACUGACUCCAAUAAAAACGUGAGCCGUCUAGCCCAGCAGCUCUCUUCCCCCCACAAAAACACACAACACUCUGCUUUUCCCGCAACUGAUAGCCACAAAAAAUCAGCAGGAUGUUCAUCUGGGACUGGUUCACCGGAGUGCUGGGAUACCUGGGUCUGUGGAAAAAGUCUGGCAAAUUAUUGUUCCUGGGCCUGGAUAAUGCUGGCAAAACCACACUAUUGCAUAUGCUCAAAGAUGAUAAGCUGGCGCAGCAUGUGCCCACACUACACCCGACAUCGGAAGAGCUGUCCAUCGGCAACAUGCGCUUCACUACAUUCGACUUGGGUGGCCACACUCAAGCACGACGCGUCUGGAAGGACUACUUCCCCGCUGUGGAUGCCAUCGUCUUCUUGAUAGACGCCUGGGACCGCGGUCGCUUCCAGGAGAGCAAAAACGAGCUGGAUUCGCUGCUCACGGAUGAGGCGCUGUCUAACUGCCCCGUGCUCAUAUUGGGCAACAAAAUCGAUAAGCCCGGUGCGGCUAGCGAGGAUGAGCUGAGAAACGUGUUUGGACUGUAUCAGCUAACAACCGGCAAGGGCAAAGUUGCACGCGCCGAUUUGCCUGGCCGCCCGUUGGAAUUGUUCAUGUGUUCCGUGCUGAAGCGACAGGGCUACGGCGAAGGUUUCCGUUGGUUAGCGCAGUAUAUCGAUUAAGUCAGAAUUAACAACCACCACCACACCAUAUUUCAACAACACUCAAACCAAUAACUUGGCUACAAAAUUCAAACAAAAUUCGACAACAAAACAGAACCGAAAGGAAAAUGAACCCAACCCAAACCGUCAGACCUUAAGCAAAACGAAGCUGCGUGCGCAAUUUCUAAUUUAUACAAAACAAAUACAAAUAUUUCAUAAUAAUAAAAAAAACACAAAACAAAACAAUGUAUAUCUGUAAUUAAACGACACUGUUUAAUCCAGCCACACAACCACGUGAAAAACACAACACAACAACAAAGUGCAAAAAACUUUUCUAUCUAAAACAUCGGGAUACAAUAAUAAGGAGCUGGAGGAUGAAAAAAAUGCGCAAGGGAAACUUUUAAUAAUAAUUAUGAAUAACAAAUUGUAGCAAAUUAAAGGUGAUUUAUUUAAGAGCAUGUGCUUUCAACGACGCGGUUCCAUAAAUAAAAUUUAUCUAUCUACCUUUUAUUUAAAAAUUUUUAAUUGUAAAUGUCACUAUUGAUUUCCUUUAUAGUUUAGUUUGGCUGAAAAAUAUAUUAUGUACAACCCCAAGACCUUCCAUCGACCGUGUUCCCUUCCGAUAAUGGUACAUUUUAAUUUAGCUAAAAUUAUAAGUUGCAUGUCAUCAAUGUACUUGUUUCUUUUUUAUACAAUACGAAAGGGAAAACAAUUUAUAUAAAAUCGCAUUUUUGUUUGCAAAAAGAAUUCUAAUUAAAGCGGAGAAAAGUAAUUUUGUAAAAUAAAAA